AUGCUGUUGUGGUUGCUGCACUUCAAGAUUUUGCUUCUCAAUUUUUUGCUUGGCUUCGUGAACAUCCUCCUUGGCCUAAUAGUAGCCCUCAGCUGGAAUGGACAACCGGUGGUGAUCAAUGGAGCGACGUACAGUGUUAAUGGAGGUACCGGAAUCAUAGCUGGAAUGUUUGGUGGAGCAGCGUUGGUCCUGUUGCUGUUCAUGAUUUGGAUUCUAACUUGUGUCUACUCGUUUUAUAAAUACAUUCGAGAUCGCCAAUACUAUCUGGAGAAAACGGGAGGCGCAAAGACAGUGCAACAAGCU